UUGACGAGCGUCAAUAUCUUAGCGGUAGUGACCCAGUACCAGGGCAAGUACGAGAAGGCUGAAAAGCUUUAUCAAAGGACAUUGGAAACAAAUAUCCAGAUACUUGUAGCACAGUAUCCUGACGUGUUAGCAAGCGUGGACAGUUCAGCUACCGUGCUGCAGCCCCAGGGCACUUUUGAAGAAGCUGAGAAACUAUACCAUCAAGUACUGAGAGGGAGAGAGAAGGAGCUAGGAGAUGACCAUCCCGACACGCUGACAUCUGUCUACUGCCUCGUUCGUCUCUUACGUACGCUGCGCCAAUACUCAGAAGCAGCAGAGCUUUAUCAAAGGGCGUGCGAUGGAUACACGCAACAGCUU